AUGCUGCUGAAAUCCUUCUACAUAUACACAGUUUGUUGCGGUCUAAUGCCGGCUCCCUUGCGAAAAAGAAAGUUCCUUACGGGAUGUGCGCUGAGAUGGUACCUCCUCUAUACGGCCUGUCUGCAUGGAGUUCUGCUCGUCCUUCUACCCUUCACAUUUCCCCGAUACAUGUACGAUGAAAGCUACAUGAGCAGCAAUCUAGUGCUUCAAUGGGCCUUCAAUUUAACCAAUAUCACCCGUAUAAUGGCCAUGUUUUCGGGCGGUCUUAUGAUGUGGUUCAAAAGAAAGAGACUCAUGGAAUUGGGUGAUAGAUUACUAAGUCACUGCCUGAAGUGCAGUAGACUGGAGGAUCAUUCCGAAAAGUAUACCAAGUUGCGAAAGAAAAUUCGAGGAGUACUUGGCCAGAUGUUUUUCGUCACGAACUUCAGCCUUUUGGGGGGCACUCUAAUCCUGAUGGAAAUCGAUACAGAUCAUGGUUUCGGCAAAGUAUCCAUGAUUAUGACGCACAUCCUCCAAUAUACAUAUAUAGUCAUUAUGAUGGCGGGUAUAUGUGUGAUCCUGGUAAUCCUCCACUGGCAAAGUGAGAGGGUGCAAAUAGCUCUGGGGGAUCUGAGUCUCUUUCUGAAUCAUGAAGAGCGCAACUCCCUAGUUUUAACGGAAAACAAGUCCAAAAAGUCCCUGGACCACCUGCGUAAUCUCUUCCAGCUUUUUGCAGAAAAUCAGCGACUCAUUAUAGUAGUUUUUGAAACUUUGGACAUCCCCAUCGCUCUUUUGCUGUUGAAAAUGUUUGUAACAAAUGUAAAUCUGGUUUAUCAUGGAGUGCAGUUUGGUAACGAAUCUAUAGAAACAUCAUUUUACACCAGAAUCCUGGGGCAGUGGGUGCUAAUUUCUCAUUACUGGAGUGCGGUUCUGGUGAUGAAUGUUGUGGAUGAUGUGACCCGCAGAAGUGAUCUCAAAAUGGGAAACCGCCUGCGGGAAUUCAGUCACCUGGAGCUGGUCAAAAGGGAGUUUCAAUUGGAGCUGGAACUAUUCUCCGAUCACCUGCGUUGUCAUCCAGCUACUUAUAAGGUCUGCGGAUUAUUUGUUUUCAAUAAACAAACGAGUUUGGUUUAUUUUUUCUACGUUCUUGUUCAAGUUUUGGUGCUUGUACAAUUUGAUUUGAAGAAUAAAGUCGGUGAAAGUCAUUAA